CAUGUUUAAAAAAAACAAACACUAGCUGAUAUUCUGAUGAGAUGCUAAUCAGUCUUUCUGCCCUCAGGUGUCAAAGGUAGAGGGAGUGGCCCGGUGCUGUCAGUCCGUCUGUCGGUCAUCAUCAUGACAUCAGAGGCCCGCUCGUCCCAUUGGCUCUGCUGGCUCACCUCACCUUCCAGGUACCGAACAUGCCUUCAGCUGAUCUGGGUGCUGCUGGUGGGGUUCAGCCCGGGUUCGUGGGCCCAGCAGGGCAACCAGCCCGGGUCCAUCAAAAUCGAGGGCGACAUCAAAUUGGGCGGGCUGUUCCCCAUGCACUCUCGGGGCCCUGCUGGUGUGCCCUGCGGGGAGAUCAAGAGAGAGAAGGGGAUCCACAGAUUGGAGGCCAUGCUGUACGCCUUGGACCAGAUCAACAGCGACCCGGACCUCCUGCCUAACAUCACUCUGGGGGCCCGGAUCCUGGACACCUGCUCCAGAGACACCUACGCCCUGGAGCAGUCGCUCACCUUCGUCCAGGCCCUCAUCCAGAAGGACAACUCAGACGUGCGAUGUUCUAACGGGGAGCCGCCCAUCAUCCCCAAACCGGAGAGGGUGGUCGGGGUGAUCGGGGCGUCGGGCAGCUCCGUGUCCAUCAUGGUGGCCAACGUGCUCAGACUGUUUGCGAUUCCCCAGAUCAGCUACGCCUCCACGGCCCCCGAGCUGAGCGACAAAAGCCGCUACGAGUUCUUCUCCCGUGUGGUGCCUCCGGACUCCUACCAGGCCCAGGCCAUGUUGGACAUAGUCAAAGCCAUGGGCUGGAACUACGUCUCCACGCUGGCCUCGGAGGGAAACUACGGAGAGAGCGGCGUCGACGCCUUCCUCCAAAUAUCCAGAGAAGCAGGGGGGAUCUGUAUUGCACAGUCCAUAAAGAUUCCCAGAGAGCCCAGACCGGGCGAGUUCGAGAAGAUCAUCAAGAGACUGAUGGAGACCUCCAACGCUCGCGGGGUCAUCAUCUUCGCCAGCGAGGACGACAUCAAACGGGUGCUGCAGACGGCCAAAUCGGCCAACCUGACGGGCCACUUCCUGUUUGUUGGCUCCGACAGUUGGGGAGCCAAAAGUUCCCCGAUCCAGGACCAGGAGGAUGUGGCCGAGGGCGCUGUGACCAUCCUCCCAAAGAGAGCCUCUAUCGAUGGGUUCGACCAGUACUUCACUUCAAGAUCGCUAGAAAACAACCGAAGAAACAUCUGGUUUGCAGAGUUCUGGGAGGACGACUUCAAGUGCAAGCUGACCCGCCCCGGCAUAAAGUAUGAACUUGGUAGAAGGAAAUGUACAGGUGAGGAGAGAAUUGCUCAGCACUCUCAGUACGAACAGGAGGGCAAGGUGCAGUUUGUGAUUGACGCGGUGUACGCCAUGGCCCACGCCUUACACAGCAUGCACAUGGACCUGUGCCCCGGAUACAUGGGCGUCUGCGACAAGAUGGACCCUGUGGAGGGACGGGAUCUGCUCCAUUACAUCCGUGCUGUCAACUUCAAUGGCAGCGCAGGAACUGGAGUCAUGUUCAAUGAAAAUGGAGACGCUCCUGGUCGCUACGACAUCUUCCAAUACCAGCUGUCUAAUGUCAGCAACCCCGGCUACAAGGUCAUCGGCCAGUGGACAAACCACCUUCGCCUCAAUCCGGAGGAGAUGCAGUGGUCAGGUGGUGACCGCAAGGUUCCCGAGUCGGUGUGCAGUUUCCCCUGCGAGUCUGGAGAGAGGAAGAAGAUGGUGAAGGGCGUUCCCUGCUGCUGGCACUGCGAGUUCUGCGACGGCUACCAGUACCUGCUGGACGAGUUCUCCUGCGACAUGUGCCCCUUCAACAUGAGGCCCUUUAAGAACCGCACAGGCUGCCGGGAAACGCCCAUCAUAAAGCUGGAGUGGAGCUCUCCGUGGGCCAUCAUCCCCGUGUUCCUCGCCAUCUUGGGCAUCCUCGCCACCAGCGGAGUCAUCGUCACCUUCAUCCGCUUCAACGACACGCCCAUCGUUCGGGCCUCCGGCAGAGAGCUCAGCUACGUGUUGCUGACGGGCAUCUUCCUCAUCUACCUCAUCACCUUCUUCAUGAUAGCCGAACCCAGCACAGGCGUGUGUGCGCUUCGCCGGCUGCUGCUGGGGCUCGGCAUGUGCAUCAGCUACUCCGCCAUGCUCACCAAGACCAACCGUAUCUACCGUAUCUUCGAGCAGGGCAAGGUUGCCGUCUCGCCCCCGAAAUUCAUCAGCCCCGGCUCUCAGCUGAUUAUCACCUUUAUACUCAUCGGAGUGCAGUUACUCGGGGUGUUCGUCUGGUUUGGUGUGUCACCGCCUCACACCAUCAUCGACUACGAGGAGCAGAAGCCCCCAAACCCAGAGUUCGCCCGUGGAGUUCUCAAGUGCGACAUGGGCGACCUUUCCCUCAUCCUCUGUCUGAGCUACAGUUUCGUACUGAUGAUCACCUGCACCGUGUACGCCAUCAAGAGCAGAGGAGUUCCUGAGAACUUCAACGAGGCCAAACCCAUCGGCUUCACCAUGUACACCACCUGCAUCGUCUGGCUGGCCUUCGUCCCGAUCUUCUUUGGCACAGCGCAGUCUACAGAGAAGAUGUUCAUCCAGACCACCACCCUGACGGUGUCCAUGAGCCUGAGCGCCACCGUAUCCCUGGGCAUGCUCUACAUCCCCAAAGUCUACGUCAUCGUCUUCCACCCGGAGCAGAACGUCCAGAAGAGGAAACGCAGCUUCAAAGCAGUCGCCACGGCAGCCACCAUGUCCAUCAAGUCCUUAGACAAACCCAACGGAGAGUCCAAGAUCGUGCCGGACAGAUCACAGUAAAAAACAUAAGAAAAAACUCCAUAUUUGUAUCACCUCAAGUCACAAGCCCACUCUGACAGCUGAUGAUAAAGGACUCAGAAUAUACCUUAGCUUUGGCUUGAUUGUUUGUUCUACUUUCCCUUUACUAUGGACUGAAAUACCAGCAAAGAUGUUCCUGGAUGUUGUUUCUUUUCACACUCAUUUAGAUAACUCAGAUCUAAAUAUGGAAUAAGGCACAAAAAGGAAACGUUACGGUACACUCAAAGGAGAACUGGAAGGACGUUGAUCUGUCCUGAAUAUGAUUUUCAAUUUUUUUUAAAGCCACAUUCUCAUAAACGUCUCAACUUGACAAGGAGAUGUGUUAGUUUUAGCUUUCCCUGGGAAAUGCCGUUUAGGAAAAAUAAGUUUAAAUGGCGACCUUUGCCCUACAGGAUGCUCAU